AUGGAUCCAUGUAGGCUACUUGCUCUUGUCCUGCUUGUCAGAAUUGUUUUUCAUGCAGGUGCUGAAGAUUCAGAGGUGAAAGCACUCUUAAACUUUAAAAUUUCUGUGGAUGAUCCUCUUGCGGCACUGAAUGACUGGAAGGCAGGCACAAACGUUUGCCACUGGAUUGGUGUAAGUUGUUCCUCAGUAGGGCGGAUCACUGGCAUACAGAUUGAUUCUCUGUCACUUUCGGGCACAAUCCAAGGCAACUUGUCUGCUUCGGGGAACAACUUCACUGAGAUCCACAUAUCACCACAGAAAUGCUCUUUGGAGGUCCUCGACUUGUCAAGCAACAAUUUCACUAGUGAUUUUCUAGAUAUUCUUUUGGUUACGUGCAAAGGCAUCAGAAUCAGUGGCUCGAUACCUGCUUCCAUUUUCGCAUCGUGCAAGAGCUUGCGGUUUCUAGAAAUCUCGAGCAAUCAGCUGGUUGGAGGGGUGCCUGAAGAUAUGUUUAUAAACUGCAGAAGCUUACAAGAGCUUUCACUGUCGUCGAAUAAUUUGACAGGGGAACUCUCUGGUCUACGUUCAUCCAACAGCCUUCAGAAGCUCAACCUGUCUACCAACGUUUUCACAUCAUUUCAGAUCGAGCACUGUCCUAGUCUGGAGGAGCUGGAUCUCUCUUUUAACAACAUUUCUGGGACAGACAAAUUCCAAGCUGGAUCGGGCUAUCCAUCUGCAAAGCUUCACGAGGAGGUUUUCAUACUGCAGGGGAUCCGCUUGGAUGACUUUGAGCACAAAGAUGGCUCUUCCUGCUACUGGCAGGAUCGAUCGACCGCGCUGUUAAGAAGCCAAGCGCAAGAUCACACACCAAUAGUAGUGCGGAGCUCCAGGGAAACGACUCGGCAUGAAUGGAGAGGGCAACUGAAGCAUAUUCAGCUUGUAAAAGAUAGAGCGCGUCUAAAGAGAACAAUCUUGGUGGUGCUACGAUCGUACCCGUCUAUAUCGAUCCGCCUUGAUCGACGACUUGUUUUUCAUGGAGAUGCUGAAGAUUCAGAGUUGGAAGCACUCUUGAGCUUUAAAAAUUCUGUGGAUGAUCCUCUGGUGGCACUGAAUAACUGGAAGGCAGGCACAGACGUUUGCCAAUGGAUUGGUGUAAGUUGUUCCUCGGUAGGCCGCAUCACUGGCAUACAGCUUGAUUCUCUGUCACUUUCGGGCCUUCUUCCAUUUUCUACCAUCCAAGCCCUGCCUCAACUACGCACCUUGAGUGCUUCUGGGAACAACUUCACUGGGAUCAAAAUAUCACCGCAGAAAUGCUCUUUGGAGGUCCUCAAUUUGUCAAGCAACGAUUUCACUAGUGAUUUUCUAGAUAUUCUUUUGGUUACUUGCAAAGACAUCAGAAUCAGUGGCUCGAUACCUGCUUCCAUUUUCACAUUGUGUAAGAGUCUAUCAGACAAUCACGUAUUUGGACCAUUCCUCUCGGCCGACCACAACAACUUUAUAGGUGAACUCCCUACAGUUCCUCCAAGUCUUAAUGUUCUAGACCUGAGCUGCAACUUGUUCAGCACUGGCAACCCAAACAUCUGCCCUGCAAGGUCCUCACUUAAGUCUUUGCUGCUGGUAUAUAACAGGUUGCAUGGUCGGGUUCUGAACUCAGCCAUGAACUGUGGUAACCUGGAAAUGCUUGAUAUCAGCAUCAAUUCUCUAGCAGGGCCCAUUCCAGUGGAUAUGUGCAGCAGACUUCCGAAGCUUCAACAUCUUCUUCUUUGGGGGAACAAUCUUGAAGGCAGCAUACCCGCUACAAUCAGCAACUGCAGUGAGCUGGUGACACUAAAUCUCAGUUUUAACAAUCUCACAGGUGUCAUUCCUCAGCAGAUAUCUGGGCUGAAGAAACUCUGGUUGCUGCUUCUGAGCAACAACAUGAUAUCUGGAGCAAUCCCCGCAUCUAUUGGAAGUAUGUUGAGCCUUCGAUCUCUCGUACUGGGUCACAACAUGCUUCAGGGUGGUCUACCAAGUGAGCUUAGAAACAACAAGGGUCUAUUCAUGUUUUUAGUGAACGACAAUCAGUUGACAGGACAAAUUCCAGGCUGGAUCGGCCGCUCAUCAGAAGUGGAUAGAGAAAAAAUAACCGAAGUAACCUUCCCGUUUCUGAUGGUGUUUGCAAUCAACAUAGAGGCAUCCAUCUGCAAAGCUUAUGAGGAGGUUUUCAUACUGCAAGGGAUCCGCUUGGAUGACUUUGAGCAACUUCCGUUUGCAACCAGAUGCAGAAGAUGGUUCUUUCUGGCACCUCCUGGUUUCAACUUAACAAUAUAUACUCUGGUAAACAGUCCUUUGGCUAUUGAUCUCUCGCACAACAGCUUCACUGGAACAAUCCCAGAGGAAUUCGGUGGCAUGCGAGACUUAAAUGUGCUAAAUCUCGCACACAACUUACUUACGGGGGCCAUUCCUUCCACAAUUGGAAACCUCAAGAACCUGGAGUGGCUAGAUUUAUCACAGAACUGGCUUGAAUCAAACAUCCCGGACUCGCUUGGCAACCUCACCUUCCUGAAUUACUUAAACAUCUCGAACAACAAGCUUUUCGGAAGGGUUCCACAGAGUGCUCAACUUGCAUUAUUCCCGGUGAGCAGCUAUGAAGGAAACCCAGGCCUUUGUGGCUUCCCCCUUGCAGAGUGUGCUAGUUUGCAUGAUCCUUUUCAUGAUGAUCACAAAGAUGAAAACGAUGAUGACGGUCAUGGCGAUCAAACGAUUCUGGCUGCCAUUGUUGGUGGUGGUGUUUCAUGCAUCCUGUGGACCUUCGCAGUUUUCUUCAGUAAGAGAUGGGAGGCACUGCUUAAACGUUUAAUAUAA